AUGAAAUCAUUUUUUAUAUUAUGUGUACUUUUUCUCAAUGGACAUUGUUUUCCAACAUUUAAUAAUCAAUUAGAUGAUUCAUGGUCUUUAUUUAAACGUGUCUUUGGAAAAGAAUAUUCAUCAAAUGAAGAAGAAAUAAAUCGUCGUCAUAUUUGGGAAGAAAAUCUUGCAAUGAUUCAAAAACAUAAUCUUGAAUCUGAUAUUGGUAUGCAUAAAUAUACACUUGAAAUGAAUCAAUUUGGUGAUAUGACAAAUGAAGAAUUUCGAAAACAAAUGAAUGGUUUUAAAAUGAAUUUAAAAAGUGAAACAGAACAAAUGGAUCGUCAUACAUUUUUAGCUCCAUCAAAUAUUGUUUUACCAAGUUCUGUUGAUUGGCGGACGAAAGGUUAUGUGACACCAGUUAAAGAUCAAGGACAAUGUGGUUCAUGUUGGGCUUUUUCAACAACUGGCACACUUGAAGGACAACAUUUUGCUAAAACAUCAGAACUUGUUUCACUAUCUGAACAAAAUUUAGUUGAUUGCUCAGUUAAUUUAGGAUGUCAUGGAGGAAUUAUGGAAAUUGCUUAUUUAUAUAUUAAAUCUAAUGGUGGAAUUGAUACAGAAUCGACUUAUCCUUAUGAAGCUAAACGUCAUAAAUGUAAUUUUGAUCCAAAAAAUGUUGGUGCUACCGAUACUGGUUUUGUUCAAAUUAAAAUGGGUAAUGAAACAGAUCUUCAAGCUGCUAUUGCAACAAUAGGUCCAAUAUCUGUUGCUAUUGAUGCAUCAAGAAGUUCAUUUCAAUUUUAUUCAACUGGAGUAUAUGAUGAACCUCAUUGUUUACCAUAUUUACUUGAUCAUGGUGUUUUAGCUGUUGGAUAUGAUACUUUCAAUAAUCAAGAUUAUUAUAUUGUUAAAAAUUCUUGGGGAACAAAUUGGGGUAAACAAGGUUAUAUUUGGAUGAGUCGUAAUAAACAAAAUCAAUGUGGAAUUGCCACUUCAGCUAGCUAUCCACUUGUUUAA